AAAUCAUGUUCAACACUUUCACUUCUGUUCAGUAAGAUUUCCAUUAACUUUCACACACAUUCUGCAGCUUUAGCUUCGCUGAAGAGUUCACCCGUCUGAAGUUACAAUGGCCGGAAGAGGAACCGUGAAGGCCCAGAGUGGAUUCAAUGCCAAUAAUGACGCAGAGACUCUUUACAAGGCUAUGAAAGGACUGGGCACCAAUGAGGCAACCAUUCUGCAGCUGCUGACUGCCCGCAGCAACGCUCAGCGCCAGCAGAUCAAGGCUGCCUUUAAGACCCUGCAUGGCAAGGACUUGGUGAGUGAACUGAAGUCAGAGCUGGGAGGGAAGCUUGAGACUCUAAUUGUGGCGAUGAUGGCUACGCCUGUAAUGUUUGACGUGACUUCACUGAGGAACGCCAUUAAGGGGGCGGGCACUAAUGAGAAGGUUUUGAUCGAGAUCUUGGCAUCGAGAACUCAAAACGAGAUUCGAGAAAUUAUCAAGACCUACAAACAGGAGUACGAUCAUAACCUGGAGAGUGAUGUGUCUGGUGAAGUUGGUGGACACUUCAAAGAAAUGCUGGUCAUUUUGCUUCAGGCCAACAGACAGCAAGGUGUACAAGAGGGCACCAUCCAGAGUGAUGCUCAGGCUCUCUUUAAUGCAGGAGAAAAGAAGUUUGGCACUGAUGAAGAUCAGUUCAUCACUAUUUUGGGGAACCGCAGUGCUGAACACCUUAGGAGAGUAUUUGAUGCAUACAUGAAACUGUCUGGACAUCAGAUUGAGGAGAGCAUACAAAGAGAGACGUCUGGAGGUCUGAGAGAUGUUCUGCUGGCUGUAGUGAAGUGUGCCAGGAGUGUUCCUGCCUAUUUAGCUGAGUGCCUGUACAACUCCUUGAAGGGUGCAGGCACUGAUGAUGCGACCCUGAUAAGGAUCAUGGUCUCCCGCAGUGAAAUUGACCUGCUGGAUAUACGUGCAGAGUUCAGGAAGUCAUUUGCAACUUCUCUGCACAACAUGAUUAAGAAUGACACCACUGGUGACUACUGCAAAACCCUGCUUCUGUUGUGUGGUGGUGAUGAUGCCUAAUUCCAAAAAUAAUAAUAAUCUUCUUUUUAAUUAACUUGCCAGACAUGUUGAAUUCAACUAAUAGAAAUGCUGCAGCUAAUAGCACUAGUGUAUAGCAUAGUGUUUUAAUAAUCAAUAUCAGUGCAGGCAAUUUGGAUCAAGGAGGUUUUCUAUACUUGACAGUACUUGUGUUACAGUCAGUAGUUUGUGAAAUAUGACUGGUAAUGAAAGCUCAGCUUAAGAAGCCAGUUGGUGUAAAAGACAGAUGUUGCUAAAUUAGUCAAGUGCUUAUUUAAAAUUAUUUCUCUUGCUGCUUGCACUAAAUAAAAAAUCAUUGUGUUACUCCA